GCACCUGCAGCUCUCCGCUGAGCAGCGGUGGAGCGUAGCGGCCCCCAGACAGUCACUGCGCUCUCCAAAGGACAAUUUCCGGCCUGGUUCCUGAGGUUCCCGCCGCAGCCCCAAGGAGGAAAGCAGCUAUUCUCCGCUUUUUUUUUUUUUUUUAAGCAUUCCAGGUCUUUCCCGCUUUUCUGCCCAGCAGGGCCCGAAACGACAGGAGAAGAGACUCACCUGGCUUGGCCUUUCUCUGCCUGAGGAUAGAUUCGCCGGUUUCCCGGGACCCACCUGCCUCAGGCCUUUAGAAUUAGGCUGCUGCUUUUAUUUAAAGAGGGCUUAGAACCCUCAGUCUGUUAGGUAGACGUUCCUUUUCUCACUUUCCAGGCGAAGACUCACCCCUGCACAGAGACUGCGUCUGAAGGUCCAGGCCAUGACAAAGUCCACCGAGCCACGGAUUCCCCUGGUUGUCGGCCUGUGAACAAAGAACUGCCGUUUUCUCCGUUUUGCCCUAUGUUCGCCAUGCAGAACUUUAAUUCCUGAUGAAGCUCUGGAGGCCUUUUGUAUCCUCAACAUCAGACGUCAUCAAGGAGAAGUUCAAUUAGAAGACUUACUUCACCAUCUUGAGAAAGAAGGGAUUGAACUCCUUGCCUUUACAGAAGAACAACUCUACUUUGUCUGGUGCUUGUUACAGCAAAGACAGGCUGAGGACUGCUACCAGAAAUCUAGAAGAGCUGUCAGGGAAGCACAUGGAAGAAAUUAAAGAAGUGGAAAAUUAUGCAAACCGUGUCUGUAACUUACCAGAGGAAAAGGAAGCAUUUUCUCAUGGUUACGAAAAGGAAAGCAAGCAGCCUAGGCAUGAGUUUAAAGGACUCCAACUCAAACCGGAAGUGCAAAUAAAGGAGGUUGAAAUGUUGUAUGAAGAAGGCUUGUCUGAAAUAGCUCUGAGCAGCCCUAGUGAACAGAUUGCACACUUACUCAUGGAAAGAAGUACACUCUUGAGGAAACUGGAACGAGGGGAUCCCAAACCAGAAUCACAAAGAUGUCUGAGCAGUACCCUACAGAAAGAAUUUCCCCAGGAGAAAUUUGAACAAACUCACCAGCCUCUGCAAAGGGAACAUCAGAAACAUCAAGAACUUGUGCAUCAGUCUAAAAAAAGUCUGAGUGAGUCCCAUAAUGAAGACCCAGAAAAAGGUAAAAUAUCACAAAACUGCAGAGAGAGAGAUAUGGAACAAGUAACAAGGAGGUUAGGGAUGGCCCAUGAAGAGAUCCGAAGGCUCACUGAUGAACUGCAAGGGAAGGAGAAAGAACGGAGUAAAUUAGAUUCUGCACUUGAGAAGUCUCAACUAGAAAUUGAAAAAUUGAAAGAAAAUUUGAUAAAGCUGAAAGAAAAUGACUCAGUUGACCUACGGAAAGCAAAGGAACAUAAUCAGAGACUGGAUGAGGAAAUUCUGGCUUUAAGAAAUCGAGUUCGAUCACUUGACUCAGAAAAAAAGGUACUUGGAGAAGAGGUUGAAAGGCUUAAAGGAGAAAUUUGUGACUCUCAAGAGAAUAAGCAACUUGGAAACCACUCUCCUGGAAAAAUGAUAUUGAAAAUGAGCCAAGAAAAAAUUGAAAUAUUUGAAAGUGAGUUGUCAGAAGAGAGAGAAAGGAAAAAGCAAUUGACAUCUGAUCUUAAUACUGUGCAGAAGGCUUUGAAAGUUGAAAGCGAGGUCUUGAAGCUUUCACAAGAAUUUGAGCAAUUAAAUCAUUUUACUGUAGGGAGAAAAACUGCAGCUGCUAAUUUAAUUACAACUGAAAAUAUCUGUAAAGAUCUUGUGUCUAAAGUACCAAUUUUGGAAGUAGAGAUUCAAAGCCCAAAGGAAGAGAGAGAGGAGCUCUGUCCUGAAUUAGGAGAAAGUAAGCAGAAGGAAAUUCCAGAGGAGGCAGUGAAGGAGGGCACUUUUCCAAGAGAGGGACAGAAGGAGGAGGACUCACAGCAGAACCAAGAUAUGAAAGGUGAAGAACAGCAGUUGACCUUGAAGCCUGAGGAAGUCGUGAGGCUCAGAGAAGAGCUGAGCUGUAUGAAUCAGAGCCUCCUUCAGUCUCAGAGCUCUGGGGAUAGCUCAGAUGACAGUAGCAUCCAGUAUCCAUCAUCUGGAGAAAAACUGAAAUACCAGCAGCAAGAGGAGCUACAGCAACUUCGCCAGAAUUUGCACCGGCUCCAGAUUCUAUGCAACUCAGCAGAAAAGGAGCUUCGAUAUGAGCGAGGAAAGAACUUGGACUUAAAGCAGCAUAACAGCUUACUUCAGGAAGAAAGCAUUAAGAUCAAAAUUGAACUCAAGCAGGCCCAGCAGAAGUUAUUAGACAGCGCAAAGACGUGCUCUUCACUCACGGCUGAGUGGAAGCACUGUCAGCAGAAAAUCAAGGAACUGGAGCUGGAAGUACUUAAACAGGCUCAGAGCAUUAAAUCACAGAACAACCUACAGGAAAAGCUGGCUCAGGAGAAAUCUAGAGUUGCUGAUGCAGAGGAAAAGAUUUUGGAUCUGCAGCAGAAAUUAGAACAUGCUCAUAAAGUCUGUCUCACAGACACUUGUAUUUUGGGGAAGAAGCAAUUAGAGGCAAGGAUAAAAGAAGCAAUAGAAAAUGAAGCUAAAAUAAAGCAACAGUAUCAGGAAGAACAACAGAAGAGGAAACUCCUAGAUCAGAAUAUGAAUGAGCUACAAAAGCAAGUGAAAAUCUUAAAGGAUAAAGAGAAUCAACUGGAAAUGACCAGUUCUCAGCAACAAUCCAGAAUUCAGCAACAAGAGGCCCAACUUAAACAAUUGGAAUAUGAAAAAAGAAAAUCUGAUGAGCAGCUCAAGAGCAACCAGGAAUUGUCAGAGAAGCUGUCUGGGUUGCAGCAGGAGAAGGAAGCUCUACGUGAAGAGUAUGGGCAAUUUUUGAAGCAGCUUGAUGUCCAUGUGAGAAACUAUAAUGAGAAACAUCACCACCACAAAGCCAAGCUUCGCAGAGUCAAGGAUCGUUUAGUUCAUGAAGUAGAUCUCCGAGAUGAGAGAAUCAAACAACUUGAAAAUGAGAUUGGAGCCCUGCGGCAACAAAUGGAAAAGGAGAAGGCAUUCCAGGACCAGAUCACCACCCAAAAUGAUAUCCUGCUCCUAGAAAAGAGGAAACUUCUGGAGCAGCUCACAGAGCAAGAGGAAUUGAUCCACGGCAAUAAAUGGAUAAUAUCUUCCGUCCAGAGCAGAGUACUUUUCCUGGAUAAAGAAAAUAAGCAGCUACAAGAAAACCGUCUCCGGCUCACCCAGCAGGUUGGUCUCUUAGAGCGGAUCAUAAGGAGCAUCCAGAUCCGCAGAGGGGAGGAAACAACAAUUAGUGACAUCCCUGAAUUUGAAGUAUUGAAUAAAAUUGUGCCCUUACCAAACUCCAGUUUUUCAGGAAUGGGUUUGGUAGAGUCAGCUGGAAGUCUUCAAGAAACUGAAGAACAUAGGUCAGAAGAAGCAAUGGCAAACCCCAAGUCCCUCGAGUCUCUUUCGUGUUCACAGAAUUCUGAAGCUGGAUACAUAAACGUGGCUUCUCUGAAAGAAACACAUCGCAUCCAAGAAUAAGGCCAAGUCAGAACUAUAAAAUCACUGGUGUCUAAAACUAGACUGAUCAAAGCUGCUAACUUAAAGCUUGGGCGUGAGGGUGGAGCAUGACGUGGAGAAGAGUUAUGACAGAUCCUCACUGGACGUCAACCAGGAGUCUUCAAAAUUGCUGAUAAAUUCAUUAAACCUGUUCUAAGAAUGGAUUUCUCAAGUUUG